GUUUUCAUUGAGUUUAUUAGAGUUGAUAAUAAUCUCCUAACCCUUGAUAAUUUUGGUAAAAAAAUUCUAAAUUAAAUUUGAUAAGAUAAGAGUGUUGAUCAUCUUCUAUCCCUCUCUUUCUAACCCUGUGCUUGUGUUGGUUGUGUGGGUUAUCUUUGGAUUUUUCUUUCUGUUUUCUUUAUGAUCACCAACUGACAAUUCACUUCUCUUGUUGAUACUCUUUGUUGUUGAUCUGUUUUUAUUUUCAAUGUCGGUUAAAUUUUCUGUUAAAUUAUUUUCAUUGAUCCUGGGAUAUUCACAUGUCCAGAGUGUAGUGCACUGUUCACCUGUUUAUCUUAUUUCCAACAACAUGUUAAAGUUCAUGCACAGGCCAAUGGUAUUAAGUUACUAUGCUGUCAGCAUUGUCGGUUUUCAACUGACACUGAAUUCAACUUCAAAUGGCAUGUUAUGAGCCACUCAGGAGAGACACCUCACUCUUGUAAUGUUUGUAGUAAAUCAUCAACCGAAGACAGUGAAUCUAGUAACAAUGGUUCUUCCAAUAAUCUUGUCAAAAUCGAGGUGGAAAGUGAUGAUGAAGAACAAAACUCUUGUGCUAUGGUUGGUAAACGUUCAGUAGCAACAGCGACAACUGAUGAUCUACUUUUGAUCGGAUCUAAUGUACCUUCAACGAUUAAGAAAGAAACAAAUCAUUAUGCAAGUAACCAGGCGUCCCAUCAUCUUAGUGGUAAUCAUAUGCAAGACCCCAAAAGAUCAAAGAUAAACCAAAGAUAUCAAACAUCGGACAAUGAUGACGAAGAUGAAGAAGAAGAGGAUGAUGAUGAUGAUGAGGAGGAGGAGGAAGAAGAUGAUGAUGAAGAAGAAGAAGAAGAGGAAGAUGAUGACGAUGACGAAGAAGAAGAAGAAGAUCAAGACAUCCAACAACAACAACAACAACAAAUUUUACAACAGCAACAACAACAGUUACAACUUCAACAACAACAAAUUAUUAUUCAACAAGAUGAAGAUGAUGGAUCAUUAGACAAUAGUUCACAAAAUGGUACUACAUUGAUGCCGAUGGUUUCAGCAAUACCUACUGGCGGUGAGGGUGAUAUUAGUGAUGAAGAGGAUGAUGAGGAAGAAGAAGUUGAAUCCGAAGAGGAAAAUGAAGAGGAUGAGGGUGAACAAGAGUAUUUAACUGUGACCACGGAUCAACUGGUAGCCACUGAUUAUUAUCAAGAAAUAAUUACUCAAGGACCGCCUUACACAAAAUCAACUGUCGAUUCAAUGGAUACUACAGUAGCACUUUCAGGGACCCAAACAACGACCACAACUGAUUUGGUACCUGGUUCAUCGACUCGAGGUCGAGGGAAGGGUAACCGAAAAUCAAGAUCUAUUGUGUCCAUGGAUUCCGCUGAUGGUACUCCACUUGGUGAGAUGAGGAGAAAAUUUCACUGUUCUCACUGUGGUAAAUCAUUUAAAACCAAAUCUCACCUUCAAAGACACAUAUUAACUCACACGGGAGAAAAACCUUACCACUGUAAUCGUUGUGGAUCUAAAUUUAAUCAAAGCUCAAGUCUUCGCAAUCAUAUAAUAGCCAUUCACACUAAAGAGUAUCCUCACUACUGUACCCAAUGUGGUAAAGGCUUCCUGAUGCCGGCGCUCCUGCAGAAACAUUUGACAACCUCUCACAGGAACAAGUGAGAAUCUUGUCAAUUCGCCGGUGAUUAUAAAUAUAAAUAUAAAUAUAAAUACAUAUACAUAUAAACUAAUGUAUUCCUUAUCCUCCUCACUCUUAUUCCUUUCCUCACCUUUCUCCAUUUCUCUUCUUCUUUUCUUCUUAUUCCCUUUCUUUUCUUAAAUUAUCUUACUUUCUCAUUUUCCUUAAUCCUUUCACCUUUUUCCUUCUUCUUCGCCUCUCAGUCCAGUCGCAAUUUUACAACAACAAUUUGCAUCCAUCAACAAAAUCGUUAAUUCGUUCGUUUGCUCACUUGUCUGCCUUUUCCUCUUAAUCCUUAACAUUUACUCUCAUUUCCAUUAAUCGAUGAUACCCUUGACAUAAACUUCCAAUUUUUUUCAUUUCCCUUGAAUUUUUUCCGAAAUUCAUGAGAUAUUAUUGUGAAUUUCUGUUCAGUUAAAAAUCCCCAAUGUUUAUGGGAAAAGUCAAUGAUUUGUUUUUGUCAAUGAAGAAUAGAAAACAAAAUCACUUUAAAAAAAUUUUCAUCCAAUUUAAUCAAUAGAAUCAGACAAAUUCUUCAUUAAUUAAUUAAUAUCAUUUACUUUUCCUUAAAAUACUAACCCUAAAAUUGAGCAUCAAAUCUUUUCCAUCAUGAAGAAAUUGAAGAAAUGUUUUCUUUUUAACUUUAAUUUCCUUUCAACAAAUCCAAGUGAACCGAUUAAUUAACACUUUAAAUUAACGAGAAAAACAAAACGAACGAAUUAAACGACAAGAAGAAACAAAACAAAGAAUAAUGAUAAAUAUAUUAAAUUAGGAAUGCUAACAAUUAAUUGAUGCUUAACAAUUAUGCUGAACUUGAGAGAGAUCUUUUUUUACGUACACUCACACACAUACAAACACAUACAUCACACAUACAAUACAUUACAUACAUACCUGAGCAAUUAAUUUAACUACUUUGAAGAAAAUAAGAAACAAACAAAAAAAACUAAAAAUCAACGAGUGAAGAGUCAAUUUAUUAAUUAAUACAAUUUCCAUUAUCCUUUGUUCAUCCGACUAAAAACUGAGACGAUUUUCAUACUUCUCUUCCCGUCCCAUUUUUUUCCUCAUCUUCUCAUCACAUUCACAUUUAUCAUCAUCGCCAUCACAUUAUCAUUUACAUCACCUUCAUAUUCAUCUCCAUCUUCAUCCUUUCGUCUCUCUCGUCUUGUAUAUCAUCUCUCUCUCUCUCUCUCUCUCUGCUGAUCCAAUUGAUUUGGAUCAUAAUCCUAAUCUAUAUAUAUACAUAUUAUAUAUAUAAUUGAAUUUUUCCCUUGGAUGCCUCUAAACACUCAACAAUUUUUCUUUCCCUUUUUUUGCAAAUGAUCAAUAUGAAAUAUUAUAUUUACAGACACAAAUUUCA